AAAGCGUCGCCAUCUUCUAGGACUAUCUAUUUUAUGAUGAAUGGAUGGAAUAUUGUUGGAUGGCACAUGUUAUUUGUAAUCAAGGGACUGAUCGAAUUACUACUGCUAUUUAAGUUGAUGUUACCGAUUGCUGCAAAGUUUUGCUUUUAUGACCCUUCUCCAUUUCAGUAACCAUUAAAGAUACUGUAGAAUUUCAAAACAUCCCAAAUCGGAAAAUCCUUCAGUCAUAAGAUCAUUCACUAUGUCAAAAUAACCUCAUAAAGAGACAUGUAAACAAAUAGAUACCAAGAUUCCCCGCACACGCAAGGGAUUGGCAACAGUGUGAGAUCAGUCAUGUCUCUUGAUGAUGAAGACAGUACCUGGCUACUAGCCUUAGAAUCGGCGCUACAUGAGGGCGCUGAUGACCAUGAACUCAUAGGUAUCACAAGAGGUCGGAUUUUGCCAGAGGAACACCGAGCUGAGAUCUGGUAUAUAUGUUUGGGGGGAGGCAAUAAAUUCAGCAACUUUGCACAAUUUGAUGAAAUAUUUGAUUUACAAGACCAGAGUGUUGUUAGAGCAGACGUCAAAUCGCUUGUGGAUAAAUUAGGAAAUGAGGAAGAAGACAAGGUAUCUAUUGUGUGCGAUGUGGAGUCUAUAUUUACGCACUACUGCAAAACACGACACUUGAAAUAUGACACAUCUCAGCUCUGGGGCGACAUUGUGUUGCCGCUCCUGGCUGCAAAGAUGCCUAGAGACCACAUAUAUGUGUGCUUUGAGGAAAUUUUAGAAAAAUAUAUACCAAGGGAAUCCGGCCUGGGUGGCUCUGUAUACCACUUGCUUCGGUUGAUCCUCCUCUACCAUGACCCAGAGCUGUCCACGUUCCUUGACUCGCGCAAGAUCACCCCAGACCUCUAUGCCACCUCGUGGAUGCGGAGUCUGUUCUCCUCAGUGUGUAGUCUGGAUGCCACGAUGGCGGUGUGGGACAUCUACUUCCAGGAGAGAGACCCGUUCUUCAUCCUCUUCCUUGCUCUAGUCAUUUUAGUCAAUGCGAGGGACCAGGUUUUGGAGAUGAAAAGCGAGACGCGUGAUCAAAUAAUAACCAUGUUGAGUGGCAUCCCCGGUGGACUCAGUGUUGAUGACGUGUCGGACUUCUGCUCCUUGGCCAGAUAUUAUAUAAUUAAGACUCCGCACACCUUCAGGAAAGAUUUCACAACAGCAAUAUUUGGUUCUGUGUACAUGGGCCAUGGGGAAGUGUGCAAUAGAGUGGGUGAUCUCCCCCUUUCACAGGCGCUUUGCUUGCCUGUCAGUGCAGAGGAGAUAAUCGAUACUUGUGAUAUGUUGCAAGUUGCUGGUGACGACAUUGAACAGGUGCGGUUCUUCUUGGUGGACUGCCGGCCCUCAGAUCAAUAUAAUGCCGGUCAUCUUCCAAACGCCUUUCACCUCGACUCUAGCCUGAUGCUCCAGCACCCAGCUUCCUUCCAAACUGCCGUCCAGGGUCUCUUUAUGGCCCAGCGUCAGGCCGUUGCCUCGGAGACCCCUGGCUGCGGCCAACACCUCUGCUUCAUUGGCUCAGGGCGUGAACAGGAGGACCAGUAUGUGCACAUGGUUGUGGCUUCCUUCCUACAGCGCAAUAGCCAGUAUGUCAGCCUGGCCAAGGGAGGAUACCAUGCCAUCCACGACCUGCUUGUUCACAAUAUCAGCGAGAGCCUAGCAGACCACGACUCCAAACGGUGCUUGGUCUGUGCGCCAGAUAGCCAGUCCCACUCCUCAGAGCCUGCCGAUCAAGAAGACUUCACCAUUACCACCAAACCCCAGCCAUCACUCAUGAACAAGUUUUCGUCUCUGUCAUCAGUCUUCAAGAUGAGGUCACCACCAGCUGUGGUAGAGAAGCUUACCUCAUUUGUUGGUAAACCCAGUAUCAACUCUGAAAUUAGAGGGAAAUUUUCCGGCUAUGUUGCAAAGUCCACAGCUGUAACUGUGAAGUUGAAGGAGUCGAAUACAGAGCCAAGCAAUGCACAGACUUUCGGGGAAUCUUGUCCGGAGGAAGGUCCAAGUUCUGGGCAGUCUGCGGAGAUGAAGGAGAAGUUAGUUGAAUACAUCACGAACCCCAAUGGUGAUGGAACGACUGUGGAUAGGCAUGUGAGCGCGCAGGAUCGGGGUAAAUUGUACCGCAACCAAGGAGAUGUCUUUAGCAUUGAAGAUGAUGAUGGAGAUGGAGGCGGUGGUGCUGACGGUAGAGAAAAUGACCGCUUGGAAGUAGUGAAAGUAUCUCAGUGGCUGAAGAAACCUGAUGUCAUAACUUCAUUUGCAUGUCACCAAGUCAAAGAAAAUGGGUACAUGUAUAAGUGUCACCUCCUGCUUACGGAUACACUCCUGUUUGUCAUACGUGAAUCCGAAACCAAGUCAGGAGAGGGCCAUGUCACAGCACGGAGAACCUUGGCCUCCAUUGUUAAAAUAACAUCCAAGAAAAGACACCCUGAUCUGAUCACCUUUAAGUAUGGCACUACUUCACCUGAUGGAGAGGUCACUGUGUCAGAUAUGGACAGGUUUCUCAUCCCAAAGGCAAGCGAAGCAACCAAGAUCAUCAAGGAACAGAUCAUGAAACAGAUGGAUGCAGCCAAGUCGUAGUAUGCCGUAGCAGAAACAACGACAGCAACAACAGUAGGCUCUGUCUGUUGCUCAUAGUUGGGCCACUUCCCAAUUCUCUACUGUGCAUUUGCCUAUCUGCCUAUGCCUGUCUAUGUGGCAGUUGGGGUAUCCAGUAGGUCCUCCAUGUCUAGGGGUAAAUGAUAGCGGAUGUUGAAAGAGGUUCUUUGUGUAGGUGUAAAUAGUUUUUUGCUGAUAUUUUUUUUAAAACACUUAACUUGCCCCUUCCCCUAUCCCCAUCCCCAACCUUUUUUUCUAUUAGCUAUGGAAUCAACUUGAACAUAUUGUUUAAGGAGGGUAAAAGUUGAUAGAGAACAAAAAGAAAGACAAAAGUUAGUUAGGUAUUACAUAGUUAUUGUACUUUCUUUUUUUCUGGAUAAUUUGUAAAUGUUUCGUGCUUGAAUAACUAUGAGUGAAUUAUAAGCCAAGGAAAGCCAUGUUCUGUUUGUCACAGGCAUUUGUGAGGAAAGGAUGAAAAAAUAUAUAUGUACCCAUAUAUCCUAACAACUUUAAAAAAUCUUGUCUGUGAUGAACUAACUUGCUAUUUUAAUGUGCUGCUUAAGAGAUAUUUAAAUUAUGUUAAAUAUGUGGAGAAAUGAUGUGAAUGCUAUUUUUUUUUUUGUUUAUAUGAAGUGAAUUUGUCUUUUUGAAAGAGUUGUGAUAAAAGAGAGAAAGUUUAUAAGUCUAUUCCUCAUUGGUGUUUGCAUCAAGUCAUUAAUGAUAUAGUAGUUAUUAUUAUUAUUAUUAACCUGUCCAUUAGCCUAUCCUUUUCAAAUAUAGUUGAUAUCUUUACAA